AUGGCUAUGGCUAGCUGUGGCAUGGCAUCAGCUGCCUCAGGCUUUGUUGUGGCACCAAAUGUUGCAGCAGCCAACAACACAGGCUCUGCUUCCAGCAGAAGUAGCAUGUUGUUUUUCUCUUCAAAGCCUAACACCAACACCAGAAACAAUGCCAGGUUUGUGAUCAGGGCAGCUGAUGAAGCAGCUGCUGCCCCACCAGCAGCCACCAAGGAAGCACCAGAGGGGGCAGCUCCCCCAAAACCUAAGCCACCUCCAAUUGGACCCAAGAGAGGCACCAAGGUGAAGAUUCUUAGGAGGGAGUCCUACUGGUUCAAAGGCAUUGGAUCUGUUGUAGCUGUGGAUCAGGACCCCAACACCCGUUACCCAGUCGUCGUUCGAUUCAACAAAGUUAACUAUGCCAAUGUGUCCACAAAUAACUAUGCUUUGGACGAGAUUGAAGAAGUUAAAUGA